AUGGCAGGUCGCAAUUGGGAGAAUGAGAUCAAAUUCGUGACGUACCGAAGUGCGUCGGAGGCUGCGACCCAACAGUUCCAUAAAUUUAAUGAUGAUACUUAUUUAAUCGCUCGAGAGAAGCAGGACCCAGAUACUGAAGGCAAACUCGUUCGUCUGCUGUAUCUACGUUUCCGUCUUCUGGAGCCGAACGGAAGCUACGCGGUCGUGACGCAGAGUGUUCCUCUAGAACCUUCGCUGGGUGACGGGACGCUGGGGAAGAUUUGGGCCAACGAUGUUUGUAUGUGGAAUCAUUUCGUUCCAGUGAUGGAUGAAGAAGGCGAGGAACAGUGCGAGAUUCAUCUGACGGGGAGUUCGUCGGUUGGGGAUCCGCGGAGUGUGCGGACUAAUGUGCUGGAGACGGUGAUGGGGUUGUUACGCUGGGAGAAUAUUAAUGUCGGCCCAACACUAUCGCUGACUCAAGCAUCCCGACCAGCUGGAGAGGAAUGACCAAUGUCAAUCAAAAAUUGUGGGAUCAGAGUAUUUCGGUUCCAAAGGUCCAUAGCCUGCUGUAACUAACUUUUAGUCGCGAUAG